UUUCUGUUGAUAUGUAUGCUUGCUCUAUAUUUCGGUUUUCAGGCUCAUGUGGAGUAUGAGAUUGCAAAACGACAUUAUGCGCAUGUGGACUGCCCUGGACACGCGGAUUAUGUUAAAAAUAUGAUUACGGGAGCUGCCCAGAUGGAUGGUGGUAUACUUGUUGUAUCUGCACCUGAUGGACCAAUGCCUCAAACCAAGGAGCACAUUCUUCUUGCUCGCCAAGUUGGUGUGCCAUCUCUUGUUUGCUUUCUAAAUAAAGUUGAUGCUGUUGAUGAUCCAGAGUUGUUAGAGCUUGUAGAAAUGGAGUUACGUGAGCUACUGAGCUUCUACAAGUUCCCUGGGGAUGAAAUCCCGAUCAUUAGAGGUUCAGCGUUGUCUACUUUACAGGGUACAAAUGACGAGAUUGGAAGACAGGCCAUUCUAAAAUUAAUGGAUGUUGUAGAUGCAUACAUUCCUGACCCUGUUCGCCAACUAGACAAGCCCUUCCUAAUGCCAAUUGAAGAUGUGUUCUCAAUUCAGGGACGUGGAACAGUUGCCACUGGCCGUGUUGAACAAGGCGUCAUUAAAGUCGGUGAAGAAGUAGAGGUGUUGGGUCUAAUGCAGGUAUGUAUGUUCAUUGAGUCAUUUCCUAUAUAUAGCUGCCCUCUGAUCCUUCCUGUUAAUAAACUGAUAUUAAUUAUUCUUUCAAUAAAAACACUACAGAUUAAUCAGAAACCUUUCAUUAAAGACAAAACAUCAAUGUAUAUUAAUUUCUUACAAACAAACAAUAAACCAGUGGAAAUUAUUCCCCCCAAAUAA